UCACAAACCAGUUGGCAAUAAGACGGCGGGUAGGUGCUUGGCUCCUGACAACCCACCGGAGGUCAGGGGUCAGAGGUCAGAGGGUAAGGCCGCUUGUGGCUGGUCGCUGGUGGAGGGAAGAAGCCACGAAGAAGGUGGGAGGUUUCUCCACACACGGUUCUCCCCAAGCACAGCUGAGGUUGCGCUGCGUGGUGCGAGGAGUUUCCAUGAACGGGGAUUAUUUACCCACCCAGUCGUUGCAGCGAAGAUGCCUCGUCGAUUUGUUUCAGCCUGGCCACGUUGUAAAGAUUUGUGCUCCCAUGGUGCGAUACUCAAAGUUGGCAUUUCGCUCUCUCGUCAGGAGAUAUGACUGUGAACUGUGUUUUACACCAAUGAUCAUUGCUUCUGCUUUCUUGAAGUCCAGCAAGGCGAGGGACAGCGAAUUCACGACAAAUUUUGGUGAUCGUCCACUGGUUGUGCAGUUUGCUGCUAAUUGUUCACAAGAUUUAGCUGAUGCUGCUCGCAUAGUUUCCCCAUUUGUAGAUGGUGUUGACUUGAACUGUGGUUGUCCACAAAGGUGGGCAAUGGCAGAAGGAUACGGUGCUUGCUUAAUUAAUAAACCAGAACUGGUUCAGGAUAUGGUGCGUCAGGUUAGAAAUCAAGUGGAAUGCCCAGAGUUUUCAAUCUCCAUUAAGAUAAGAUUGCACAAAGACCUAACGAGAACUGUAGAUCUCUGCCGGAAGGUUGAGGCAGCUGGAAUCUCUUGGAUUACUGUUCAUGGCAGGGAAACAGAAGAACGACAUCAACCAGUCCACUAUGAUGCAAUCAAGAUUAUUAAAGAAAAUUUAACUAUACCAGUAGUAGCAAAUGGGGAUGUCAGGAGCAAUAAAGAUGUGGAUCUUGUACAUCAGCUGACGGGGAUUGAUGGUAAGGAAUUUUGUUGAUGCAGAACAAUGACAUUGCAAUGGGUUGCAGUUGCGACUUUCUUGUACACGGAAAUAGGUUUUAUUUUGCUUCUAUGUUUACCAUUCAUCUCACCUCGAAGGUGGUUGAAAGUUUUUACUUUCCGUUUGUGGGAGAAAAUUGCUUCCUUUUGGAAUAGAGCCUUCCUCACAAUUAUUGUAGUCUUGGUUAUCUUGUUUUUUGAUGCCAUUAGAGAGGUGAGAAAAUACUCAAUGAAUCAUGGAGUUGGAAAAGAUGAAAAAUUACUCCCAAAUAUGUAUGAUCACCUUAACAUGAAACUUUUCCGGGCACAAAGGAAUCUUUACAUUUCUGGAUUUUCAUUGUUCCUCUGGCUUGUUCUUAGACGUAUGAUCACCCUUAUCUCAGAACUGGCAACUGCAAUGGGAGAAAAUCAGGCACUUAAAGUUCAAACAGAUAGUGCAAACGAUGCAGCCAAAAGGUAUAUGGAGGACAAUGAAGAACUGAGAAAGGCUUCCAAUAGAGAUAAAGGUGAUGGAAAUAAGAAAUUUGAAGAGGAAAAUGAACAGUUGAUUAAGGAAGUGGAGAAACUGAAGGCUGAAUUGAGAAGAACCACAGAAGCCCUCGAGAAAUCGCAGACUGAGAUGAUUUCAAUCCGAAAACAAUAUGAUGGACUGACAAGGGAAUAUGACCGACUUCUGCAGGAGCAUGAAGAGUUACAGAAUCUUGUUGACAAACACGAUAAGAAGACUGAGUAAAUGUCAAAAUCUUUUGCCUUGUGCCUUUGGAUAUCUUCUGCAACAGCUGAAUAUUUAAUUUGUUUUUGUUAACUGGAUAUUAGAACUGUGAGUGAGUCUCUUCAUAAAAUUAGGUCAAUGGCUUUUGACUUUGAUGAAGGGAGUGUAUAAUUGUUAUGCUUUGCUCCAUUAACACAUCAAAAAUGGAAAGAUGGACAAUAGGUUGGAAUGUGACUCUUUCAGCUUUGGUUGCUAAUAACUCAAUCCAUGUACUUGGGUUCAAACCAUAAUUUGCCACUCAAUUAUCCCUUAACCUGCUGGCAACACCUUCCCACAUCUGCAAUCUGAAUUUUCAAAGUUUGCUCAUUAGUUAUUUGAUUUGCCAGCCAUCUUGAAAUGUAAAUAUCUGGAUCAGUUUAAUACAACUCAUAGUACAGGAGGCUUUGGUGAAGGGGUAAACCUUCCAGAAUGCUGAUACUCCCGUGCUAUUUAUGCUUCCAUCUUGUCUGCUGUAAACUCCACUCACUUUGGAACUUCACUGUCAAAAAGGGAGAUGAGGAUAUUCUUUCAUCUUUCUUAAAAGAUGUCAUGCGCCAAAAUCUCCAGGUUAAAGUUGGGACAAAUUAAUAUUUUAUUUUCUGGUUGGUGCCUUGUGAGGUGCAGAAUCAUAGAGUAUUUGACAUGUAUCUUGUUCUUACCUGUGUUUAAACUGGUCAUAUAAUGUAAAGUACUAGGUCAGAAUUUUGUAUUUUCUUUGACCAUAGCCAUUAAGUAGUUUCAUUUACAGUGAAACCUCCAUUAAAGUCCAUAAGGGGGAAAAGUCCUUAUGAUGAUGGGAAUUGGCAGAAAAACAAUAGCUGUAAGUUUUAUCAUGCAAAUGCACUUCAAACCUUAAAUGCAAUGCAAGUAAUUUAAAAUGUGUUUUCUGAUGUCAUUUAGCCAGCCUGCAUUCAGAGAUUUCUUGUGCUAGAUUUACUUCUGUGAAAAUUCUAGCAAAUUAUGACUGUUAUCCAGGCAAAGAUCAGGAAUUGUGGAUGAAAGUUUUUACUGUAUUGUGAAUAUUUAGUUUUGGUCUGAAUCUUUUCAACUGAAUGUCACUUAAUGCUAUAAUGUGAAAAUAUUGUCACAUUCCUUUUGGUGUUCACUUAGAAAUAUUUAAACUAUUAAUUUUAGUUUGAUCAGAAUUUGUCUAAAGGUUUAAGUAUUCUUAAAAUUUAAUUUAGAGAGCUCUCUGUUUGACCUUUGCUGCUGUAUGAACAACACAAGUUGAAAGGUUGUACUGGUAAAUUCGUUCCAACACAUUUAGUCUCUUCCUAAUCCUUAAAAUGAUGCAUCACCCCCCUACCCUCAGCCUACAGAUCAUAACAGGUAAAAACAUUGCCGUGUGGCUUAGUUUGAAAUGUAAAAUUGUUUCAUUUUACGGGAUCAUAAUAGUUCAUAGAUCAACUACCUGGCCGGCCAAAAAUGAUGUGUGCAUGUCAAUUAAUUUUUUUUAAACAUUGCAUUUUUGGUCAAAUGUCUUAUGCUUGUACAAUAAAAAUACAAAAUCAAAGUUUAA